CGAAUGUGUUGUUUUGUGACGUGUGCGUUGUGAGUUCUAGUACUGUGACGCUAUCUAUGAAAUUUUGCUCCAUGAAUGGGGUAGUGUGUAGAGAUUGACAUUUCACAUUUGUGAUUUGACAGAUGUGUGUAAUGUAAAUUUGUAUUAUUAUAAAAGAAAUAAUACAUUAUUACAUUCUUGAAGUGUUACAUGUUGAGUGUUGUAAUAAAUAAGCAAUUAGAUAAAAUGCCAUCGAAGCAGAGAAAAAUUGCUAUGAUGGGAUAUAGAUCUGUUGGUAAAUCGUCUCUGAUUAUUCAAUUUGUCGAAGGGCAGUUUGUCGAUUCGUAUGAUCCUACUAUAGAAAAUACCUUUACAAAGUUCAUUCGGCUAAAUUCAACAGAAUAUGAAGUUAAAUUGGUUGAUACAGCAGGUCAAGAUGAGUACAGCAUCUUUCCUCUACAGUAUAGCAUGGACUUUCAUGGAUAUGUUUUGGUCUACUCUAUCACUUCAAGUAAAAGUUUUCAAAUAGUACAAAUAAUAUAUGAUAAACUCUUAGAUAUGGUAGGAAAAAUACAUGUGCCUAUAGUUCUUGUUGGUAAUAAAACAGAUUUGCAUUUGGAGAGAAAGAUAAGCACAGAAGAAGGAAAAAGAUUAGCUGAAAAAUGGAAUGCAGCUUUUGUGGAAACUAGUGCUAAAAGAAAUGAGUCAGUAACAGAUAUGUUUCAUGCGAUGCUGUCUGAGAUAGAACGGUCAGAUGGACAUAUGCCGGAGAAGAAUGGGUGUGUUGUUUUUUAAUGAAAGACACUUAGUGAACAAAGUGCUUAUUUACGCAGAAGUGAAUUAAAUUAUUGAUAGUUUGUACACAGCUACCAUACUAGCAAUAUAGAUUUUUUCUAAGUGAAUAUUUGAGGUUUGUCAUGCACUUAAUGUCUUGUCAAUGUGUUCUGUUUCAUGAAGACUAAUUGUGUGUUAGGUUACAUGUGGAGAGUAGAGUCUAUUGCGGGUGACCAUAAAUCGCAGUAAGAGUCAUUUUAAAUCUAUGAACAAUAGACCUGAGGUAAUCCGACAAUAUGUAUUUUUAGAGUUGCUUGUAAUCCAAUAACAAGUAAAAUGUUCUGGUGAGUGUUGAGGUACAAUACAUACGUUAUCUUUUUUGUAUAAGUGUAUUCAUGUUUUUUAUAUUGCAGCUUUAUAAGUUGAACAAUAAGAAGUUUAGUAAAGAAUAUUGGUGUGGCAACUUUUUAAGUUAGUGUAGCCUAAUGUAGGUUCGGUUGCCUGUAUAAUUCACACAGUUGUUACAACUGUAGUUGCGCCUCAAUUAUAGAGAUACCAUACUAUAUUAAACCUUAGGAAAACAAAUAAAUCUUUAUAAUUUA